AUGGACAAGAAAAACCCAAACUGGGGAUCUGUCCGAUCCAAGUUGACGCAGGAAGGGUACAUGUAUAGGAUGAAACUCGGAAAUCCUCCCACAGGGAGCGACAAACAUUCCUCGCAGCAGCCCCCCUCGUCCUCGAUUUCAUCGAGCAAGGUACAGCUCGGCCUGCCAGCAGGAGAUCAUGCUCCCAGACCUGUUCCGAGCAGCGUGUUGGACCCAGACAGAGCAGCGGUGGAGCUUCGUACAAUCUCUGGACUCCUCGUCCAGCUCAACCUUGGCCGGGCUUUCAGGAGCGAUCAUCAUCUGGACCCAAACGCCGCGAUUGAGUUCUUGUCUAGAUGCUUUGCGCCGUUUGUCAUACAUCGUCGCAAUAAAAGUAUCGGUUUUGAGCCCGGGGACUUUCUUGACCCUGUCAUGCUCGAAGACAACAUGUUGGCGCAAGCUUUGGUCGUAUGGACCUCUGAAAUGCGAGAUCGAUUCAGUCCAGAGCCAGGAAGUGCGGGCGAGCUGCUAUUGGCACACCGCAGUACUGUGCUUCGCGAGCUCCGGGAGAGAAUCUCUUCAUCGGAAAGGUGCACCUCCGAUCCUGUGAUGUGGACCAUCCUCAUGUUAGCUGCAACCGAGCUUGUGCAGGAUAACAUGCAGGCCAUGGGAACGCAUCUUGGCGCUUUGCGGCACAUUAUCUAUCUCAGAGGCGGUGUAAACUCCACGAGUUCGAGCGAACGGGUCAAGCUCAUUCUUCUGCAAUUUGAAAGAUUCUUGAACUACCGGCAGUUUGACCAUGUUAGGAGUGCAGGGUUCGGCGACGCAUCAUCAGUGGCUGAACAACAUACGCAUUGCCCCUUUUCACCAGAGUUCAAGGAUCGGAUGGCUAAAUUGCCUCCGGGAUUCGCGGAAAUAUCUGGCGUCUGUCCGAUGAACUUGCAGAUCCUAAGCCUGAUUGAACGAAUACACCAAUGGAACCAGCAGCUUGCAGACAUUGCUCAAGUAGGUCAAGAAGGAGAGGCUAACCAAAGUAUCGCGGAUGCGAUGUCCUUUGAUUCAUUUCGAGCCUUCGACCUGCUGCAACAGGGCAGGCUUGGGGCGAUAGAACGCUUGCUGGCUCUUGGGCUGUGUGCGUUUUGCAUUUAUAUGAACGGUCAAAUCGUCUACUCCGUAAUGGAAUGGGCUCUCCGGCUCCAUUGCAUGGCACAAGUCACGAAGCAGAUGGAUCCCUUCGAGGAAGACGCCCGCCGGAGCAUGAUCUGGGUCGCAACAGUCCUCAUGGCAACAGGCGGAAAUGGCUCUCCGUCAUGGCAAUUGGGAGGACGAAUUAUUCGUGCAUGUCGUGGCGCACAUUCGCUCCUGCAGGCCAUUGCCCAAAGAAACCAGAGAUCUUAUUUUUGGCACGCAGAUCUGACCGAGAAAUUAAUGGCUGCCGCUCUGCCCGGAUGA